ACUGAAGACAGAGGGGUUGGGCUUUCUGUUUCUCUUUACUCGUGGCUGCAAAGAAGGAGGUCAGUGUCGCGUUGCUUAGUCCAAUGCGGCUCUGUUUGAGGCUUAGGGACUUGGUCUGCAGGACUUUUUUAUUCCUGCUUGGCAGUGGGAGCGAGGGAAAGACUCCUCGACAUGGCCGUUCCGGGCAGCUGCUGGGUCGUUGUUGCUCUGUCGGUUUUUUCCCUCGCUGACGUGCAGUUGUCCUUGCAAAUCACCCCUCCCUGUAACAGCGAACAACACUAUGAAUAUUCUGGACGAUGCUGCACCAAAUGUGAGCCAGGAAAGUACAUGUCUGCAAAAUGCACUACAACUUCAGAGACUAUAUGCAAGCCCUGUGGCCCAAAUGAAUAUUUGGACGUCUGGAAUGAAGAUGAAAAGUGCUUGCUUCAUAAAAUCUGUGAUCACGGAAAAGCUUUAAUAGAAGUGAAUCCAGGAAACAGCACAUUCCAACGACAGUGUGCCUGCACUGCUGGCUACCACUGGAGUGAAGACUGUGACUGCUGUCGGCGAAACACAAAAUGCCCCCUGGGUUCUGGAGUGAAACAUCCUACACAACAAAAUAAGGAUACAGUGUGCAUACAGUGUCCCACAGGAUACUUCUCUAAUGUCACAUCUGCGACUGAUGCAUGCAAAACUUGGACUAACUGCACAGCUCUGGGAACUGAGGAAAACAUUCCUGGGAAUAAAUCGUCUGAUGUGGUUUGUAAGAAGCAACUGAAAAUGAGUCCACGAGAUGAAACCAACAAUUUAUUCUAUAUGCUGAUUGUUCCACUCCUUGUGUUGGUCAGCAUUGCUGUCUUCACUAUACACUAUCGCAAUAAGAGAAAACCUCUGACAGAGAAUUUACAGUACUGGGCUCAUGAAAUAUGCAAGCAAAUAAAAGGGACGAAGGACUCCCCUUGUGACACAUUUGUAAACGCAAAUGUGGGAAGUCCUGCUGGUCUUCGGCUUUUGAAUGGGACAGAUUUAGUGGGCUUUGAUGAAUAUUCCUUUGCAGAGGACUUACGUUGCCCACAUGGGCAUAUUCUGGCUGGGAAAGCUGGCCCUGAUACAGUCUGCUAUGGAUUGGGAGAGGAUUUCCCAACCAUGUCUCUCUCAACUGUGUCUGAAGAUGACCAAUUCAGGCAGAUUCCCAUGGAAGAUGAAUAUAUGGACAGAAUGUCCCAUGGCCGCCAUUAUUUACCUUUACUGAGCCAGUCUGAAAGCAAACCUGUGUCACCUUUCUCAGAGCCACUGGAAGUGGGGGAGAAUGAUAGCUUAAGUCAGUGCUUCACCGGAAUGGAAAGUUUGGUGGAACUAACAAACUGCUGUUGCUCAGAACCUUCCUGUGCAACGGACCCCAUUCAUGCUUCUCCGCACAAAUGCCUGCAGAAUUCUUGUCAUCAGUCCACUUGUAGGAGCAUGAGGGAUGUUGCCAACCGAGAUGGAGGUGCCUCCCUGUUAAUUCCUGAGGAGACAAAUGUUUGCACUGCCUGUAGAGUGUCUUGUAGAGAAUUCCCCAUCAAACCUGGCAGUGCCACAGAUACUUUCAAAGAAAGUGGACCUUCUAUACUGGGCAACUGUGGCUCAGACUCUCCCUCUGUGGAUCAGAAUGGUUCGGGAAGCAACGCCAGUGCCAGAAGUGACCCAUCUGAUGGAAAUGACGCAAAACCCCAGAAUGCAAAGAGAACAUCCGAGUCAAACUGCAGCCCUUCAGAUUCCCCAGCUGCCUCAGGAAAUGUGACUGGAAACGGAAACUCUACAUUCAUUUCAAGCGGACAAGUCAUGAAUUUUAAAGGUGAAAUCAUUGUUGUGUAUGUCAGUCAGAACUCCCAAGAGGGGUCCAUGUCCCCUGGAUCAAGUGACGACAGCCUGGGGAGCCCAGUGCAAGAGGAAAAUCUGAACCGCUGUGAGACAUUUGCGGGCAAUGCUCAGCAAUUUAAGGAAAAAUGCGCUGAAAUUAAUUCCUAUCACAGCAUGGACCAUGAAGGACCGCCAAGUACUGUGGGAGGCUACAAGAGGACUUCUGGGCCUAUUGUCCAGGAAGAGACUCAGAACAGGAAACGUCAUUAUAAUGAGGCCUCACAACCUGUCCAAGAGGAGGGUAAGCAAGGGCAAUUUCUAAAGCAAGUGUUGCACUGAUGGACAUGAAUGACUGCUUGCUAGUUUCUGGCAUUCAGUCAAAAGAACAUGAUCAAUCACUGAAUGUGCCCUGGAGAACACCACCUGGAUAGCACUAAACAGGG